AUGGCUAAUGCCUCCCCAGACCUGGACAACGCCGAAGCCCAGCGCCAGCUCAACAACAACAACCGCCCAAGCAGCUCGGGAUUCUGGGAGACGGAGUGCACCAGCUCCAAGCUGUUCGAGUGCUCCCGCAUCAAGGCCCUGGCAGAUGAACGAGAUGCGGUGCAGAAGAAGACUUUCACCAAGUGGGUUAACUCCCAUCUGGCCAGAGUGUCCUGUCGCAUAGCUGACCUCUACAACGACCUGCGGGAUGGAUACAUGCUCACCCGACUGCUGGAGGUCCUCAGUGGAGAGCUGCUGCCGAGGCCUACACGGGGUCGAAUGCGGAUCCAUUGCCUGGAGAACGUUGACAAAGCCCUGCAGUUCCUUAAAGAACAGAGGGUGCACCUGGAAAAUGUGGGCUCCCAUGACAUCGUGGAUGGAAAUCACCGACUCACCCUGGGCCUUAUGUGGACCAUCAUCCUACGCUUCCAGAUCCAGGUGAUCAAAAUAGAGACGGAGGACAACAGAGAAACCCGCUCUGCCAAGGAUGCCCUGCUGCUCUGGUGCCAGAUGAAGACCGCAGGGUACCCUGAGGUCAACAUCCAGAACUUUACCACUUGCUGGAGAGACGGCCUCGCCUUCAACGCUCUCAUACACAGACACAGACCUGAUCUGAUAGAGUUCCACAAGCUGACGCGGUCCAAUGCAACCCACAACCUCCAGCAAGCCUUCAACAUCGCCGAGCAUAACCUGGGCCUCACCAAACUCCUGGAUCCUGAGGAUGUGAACACAGAGAACCCAGAUGAAAAGUCCAUCAUCACCUAUGUGGUCUCCUACUACCACUACUUCUCCAAAAUGAAGGCUCUUAUUGUGGAGGGCAAGAGGGUUGGCAAGGUGCUAGACAACUGUAUUGAAGCAGAGAACAUCGUGAACCGCUACGAUGCUCUGGCGUCAGACCUGCUUGACUGGAUAGAGAAGACCAUUGCGGUCAUCAGCAACCAGAAGUUCGCCAACUCUCUGACCGGAGUCCAGCAGCAGCUGCAGGCCUUCACCACCUACUGCACCAUAGAGAAGCCCAUCAAGUUUCAGGAGAAGGGGAAUCUAGAAGUUCUCCUGUUCACCAUCCAGAGCAAGCUCAGAGCCAACAACCAGAAACCAUAUGUACCUCAUGAAGGGAAGCUCAUCUCAGACAUCAACAAGGCCUGGGAGAGGCUAGAGAAGGCGGAACAUGAGAGGGGCGUGGCUCUGCGUAAAGAGCUGAUUCGUCAGGAGAAGCUGGAGCUGCUGGCUCAGUGCUUCGACCACAAAACCACCAUGAGACAAGCCUGGCUCAACGAGAACCAGAGGCUCGUAUCACAGGACAAUUUUGGCUAUGACCUGCCAGCAGUGGAGGCGGCAAUGAAGAAACACGAGGCCAUCGAGGCGGACAUAGCCUCAUACGAGGAGCGGAUCGGCGUGGUGGUGGAGCUUGGAGCAGAGAUGGAGGCAGAAGGAUACUACGACAUCCGGCGUAUCCUGGCACGGAAGGAGAACAUCCUGGGACAGUGGAGCCUGCUGAAGGAGCUGGUGGCUGGGAGGAGGACCCGGCUGGAGAAGAACCUGGCCCUGCAGAAGACUUUUCAGGACAUGGUCUAUAUGAUCGACUGGAUGGAGGACACACAGAUCCAGCUGCUGUCCAAGGACUUCGGGAAGCAUCUUCUGGAGGUGGACGACCUGCUGCAGAAACACAGCCUGCAAGAAGCCGACAUCACAGUCCAGGCAGAGAGGGUGGAGACUCUGAACACCGCUGCACUCAAAUUCACCACCAUAGAGGGUUACCAACCAUGUGACCCACAGGUGAUCUGUAACCGUGUCAACCAUGUUUCUUCCUGUCUUGAGGAGCUGAGACAGCUGGCAGCUAAAAGACGUGAAGAGCUCGAAGAGUCCAGACAGCUGUGGGCCUUCUUUCAGGAGCUGGAGGAGUCGGAGGCCUGGAUCAGGGAGAAGAGCUCCAUCCUGAGUGCUCAGGGUUACGGGAAGGACCUGAGCAGUGUGCUGAAGCUGCUGCAGAAACACAAGACGCUGGCUGGAGAACUGCUGGCUCACCGCUCGCUGCUGCAGAACACCAUGAAGCGAGGAAAGCAGAUCCUGAGUGAGAAGAGCUUCGGCACAGCGGGAAUCCAGGAGCGCAUCAUGGAGGUGAAGAGCGAGUGGAAGAGCCUGGAGGACCAGGCCGCGCAGCGUCUGGGCCACCUACAGGAGGCACUCAACUUUUUCCAGUUCUCCACGGAGACAGAUGACCUGGUGGCGUGGCUGCAGGACGCUUACCGCCUGGUGUCCAGCGAAGACUUUGGCCAUGACGAGUACUCCACCCAGUCGCUUCUGAAGAAACACAGAGGGGUCAGCGAGGCUGUGGACAAACACCGUGUGCACGUGCUGGCUCUGCGCAAACACAUGGUGGCGCUGCCUCUGCGCUACCGCGAUCAGGAGGAGGUGCAGGUGCGCAUGGGGGAGGUGGAGCAGCUGUACACGGAGGUGGUGGAGGUGGCGGUGCUCAGACAGCAGUGGCUUCACGACGUCCUCGCUGUCUACCGCAUGUUCAGCGAGGUUAAUGCCUGCGAGCUGUGGAUCGAUGAAAAGGAGCAGUGGUUGGACAAUGAGAUCCCAGAGAGGCUGGAGGAUGUGGAGAUGGUGGCUCACAGGUUUGAAAGCCUGGACCAGGAGAUGAACAGCCUGAUGGGAAGGAUUCUGGACGUUAACCAGAUUGUUCAGCAGCUCCUGGAUGGAGGUCAUCCCUCUUCCACAGAGGUCAGAGGAUGUCAGGACCACCUUAACUCAAGGUGGAACAGCAUCGUGGAGCUGGUGGAGCAGAAGAAGGAUCAGCUGGACUCGAUGCUCCGCCUGCAGAACUACCUGCUGGAGUGUGCCGAGAUCAAGUCCCAGAUCCAGGACAAGAGGAAAGCCAUCGACGCCACUCAGUACAUGGGCAGCGACCUGGGGGGUGUCAUGGCUCUGCAGAGACGACUCUCCACCAUGGAGGGAGCUCUGUCUGUCCUGGAGCCCAAACUACUCCAUCUGCAGGAAGAGGCGGAGCACAUGGCCACCGCCCACCCCGCCCGGGCCAUGGAGGUGCUGGUGCCGUUUGAUGGCAUCAGUGUGGAGUGGGAGGAGCUUAAACGCACACUACAGGGCUGCGAGGACUCACUGACUGUGGCCAGCAGGCUUCAGAGCUUCAUACAGGACCUGGACUCGUUCCUCACCUGGUUGGUGCAGACGCAGACAUCCGCCGCCUCAGACCAGCUGCCCAACAACCUGGAGGAGGCUGAGAAACUCAUCAACAAACACGCUGCGCUGAAGGAGGAAAUCGGAAGAUAUGAAGAGGACUACGAGCGGCUGCAGGCCAUGAACGAGCUGCUGGAGUCCGAGGAGGCCCCCCUUCCUCAGGCUGCCCUGCAGCAGUGGCUCCAGAAGCUCGAUGUGGGCUGGAACAAACUGCUGGAGAUGUGGGAGAGCAGGAGGGAAGUUCUGGUGCAGGCUCACAUUUUCCAUCUGUUCCUGCGAGACGUCAAACAGGCCGAGUCCUUCCUCAACAACCAGGAGUCGGCCCUUGCUCAUGUGGAGCUGCCCACCACGGUGGAGACGGUGGAAGCGGCCAUAAAGAAACACAAAGACUUCACCACCACCAUGGAGCUGAACCUGCACAGGAUCAAAGCUGUGAUCGAGGCCGGAGAGAGUCUGAUCAGCCAGAACAACAUCUACUCUGAACGCAUCAAGGAGCGUAUCGACACCCUCGCCAGCAGGGGAAACCAGAACAGAGAGCAGGCCCAGCAGUGGCUGGAGAAGAUGAACGACCAGUGGGAGCUGCAGAGGUUUCUGCUGGACUGUCUGGAGCUGGGGGAUUGGGUGUGUGAGAAGAUGCUGAUGGCGAGGGACAGCAGUCGAGAUGAGACCCAGAAGCUUCACAAGAAAUGGCUGAAGCACCAAGCCUUCAUGGCCGAGCUGGCCCAGAACAAGGAAUGGCUGGACAAAAUUGAAAAGGAGGGCCAGCAGCUGAUCCAGGAGAAGCCGGAGCUCAGCCAGGUGGUGCGGAUGAAGCUGGAGGAGAUCAGGGAGUGCUGGCAGGAACUGGAGAGCACCACCCAGGCCAAAGCCCGGCAGCUCUUUGAGUCCAACAAGGCCGACCUGCUGGUGCAAAGCUACGAGAGCAUGGACCAGAGACUGGGCCAACUGGAAGUCCAGCUGGCCUACGUGGACCAGGGACAGGACCUCACCACUGUCAACAAGCAGCUCAAAAAACUACACACGAUGGAGAGCCAGAUGGAGGAGUGGUAUAAGGAGGUGGGGCAGCUCCAGGCACAGGUGGCCUCCAUCCCACAGCAGACAAAGAUCAAGGAGACGGUUGCAGACCGCCAAGCCGUGGUGGAGGCCAGGAUGGUGCGACUGAUCGAGCCGCUGAAGGAGAGGCGGCGGAUCCUGCUGGCGUCCAAAGAAGUUCACCAAGUGGGACGAGACCUGGAAGAUGAGAUCUUGUGGGUCCAGGAGCGCCUCCCGAUGGCCAUGUCUCAGGAGCACGGCUCCUCUCUGCAGGCGGUCCAGCAGCUCAUGAAGAAGAACCAGACUCUUCAGCGGGAGCUGCAGGGCCACAGGAGCAGGAUUGAUGAUGUCCUGGAGAGGGCGGGCAUCAUCGCCUCCAUACGCAGCCCAGAGGCGGACAGUGCCCGGGCGGGCCACGAGCAGCUGGCCCAGCUGUGGGCCCUGCUCUGGCACGAGACGGAGAGGAGGCAGCUGGUGCUGGACGCCAUGUACCAGGCCCAGCAGUACUACUUCGACACGGCCGAGGUGGAGGCCUGGCUGAGCGAGCAGGAGCUGCACAUGAUGAACGAGGAGAAGGGGAAGGACGAGCCCAGCACACUGCAGCUGCUGAAGAAACACCUGGUCCUGGAGCAGACCAUCGAGGACUACGCCGAGACCAUCGGCCUGCUCUCACAGCAGUGUCGACAGCUGCUGGAGAUGGGGCAUCCAGACUACGAGCAGAUCAGCAAGCGUCAGUCGCAGAUCGACCGCCUGUAUGUUUCUCUGAAGGACCUGGUGGAGGAGAGGAAGAGCCGCCUGGAGCAGCAGUACUGGCUUUACCAGCUUAACAGGGAGGUGGACGAGCUGGAGCAGUGGAUCGCUCAGAGGGAGGUGGUGGCCAGCUCGCCUGAACUGGGUCAAGACUACGAGCACGUUACGGAGAAGUUCACAGAGUUUGCGUCAGAGACGGGCAGCGUGGGACAGGAGCGAGUGACCGCCGUCAACCAGAUGGUGGACGAGCUGAUCGACUACGGCCACGCGGAGGCCGCCACCAUCGCUGAGUGGAAGGACGGGGUGAACGAGGCCUGGGCCGACCUGCUGGAGCUGAUGGAGACCCGGGGGCAGAUGCUCGCCGCCUCACACCAGCUGCACAAGUUCUUCUCUGACUGCAGGGAGGUUUUAGCCCAGAUCGAGGACAAACAUCGGAGGCUUCCUGAAGUUCGGGCUCGGCAGGGCAGCACUGCCAACACCAGCACGCUGCAGAGACUGCUGCACAGCUUCGAACAGGACAUACAGCUGCUCGUCACACAGGUGCGUCAGCUGCAGGAGAGCGCGGCUCAGUUGAGGACGGUGUACGCCGGGGAGAAGGCCGAAGCCAUCGCCUGCCGUGAGCACGAAGUGAUGCAGUGUUGGAAGGAGCUGCUGACGUCCUGCGAGGAGUGUCGAGUACAGAUCACCACCGAGACCGACAAGCUGAGGUUCUUCAGCAUGGUCCGAGAUCAGAUCACGUGGAUGGAAUCCAUCAUCUGUCAGAUAGGGACGGGAGAGAAGCCCAGGGACGUGUCCUCAGUGGAGGUGCUGAUGAACUAUCACCAGAGUCUGAAGAGUGAGGUGGAGGCUCGCAGCCGCAGCACUCUGGAGUGUAUAGAGAUGGGAAAAACUCUGCUGGCUGCUAGAAACCCAGCAGCUGAGGAGAUCAAGGAGAAGCUGGACAAGGUAAUCACUAAGCAGUAUGAGCUGUCUGAGAAGUGGGACAGGCACUGGGAUGCCCUCCAGCAAUUGUUGGAGGUCCACCAGUUUGCGCAGGAGGCUGUGGUGGCAGAGGCGUGGCUGACCGCUCAGGAGCCGCUCAUCAGCAGCAACGAGCUGGGGGCCAGCGUAGACGAGGUGGAGCAGCUGAUCCGUCGACAUGAAGCCUUCCGCAAAGCUGCUGCCACCUGGGAGGAGCGAUUCAGCUCACUGAGACGAAUUACCACGGUGGAAAAGUUGAAAGCAGAACAGAGCCAGCUGCCCCCGACCCCACUGCUGGGUCGUAAAGUCUUCCUGGACCCCAUAGAUGCCUCAGCAAAUGUAUCCACCCUCCCCCGCCUCCCGCUUUCCCCCGUCAUGAGACAGACAAUCUAUGAGCAGAACGAAGCCAAUUCUCCUCCCUCACCUUCGCCCGCCACACCUACGCCCUCCCCCUCAUCUGUGGCCCGUCGGCUGGGGUCCACAGUAGCGAACUACACCCCCGUGAUGAACGGCUCCGGCUACCGCCAAAGCCUGGAGGCGCGGCAGGGCAGCGUGGUGGGUGUGGCUGCUGGACUGGGCCAGCCCACCCCUUUCUCCAUCGCCUCGGUUGCCACGGCGGCCAUGCUCGUCUCAGCCAAUCAGGCGAGAGACAGCAGCAGCCCGGGAAGAGAGCAAGCAACAAAGGGAAUGAGUUACCUCCAGCCAUCGCAGGCAGCAAGGACAGAGGUGAAGUCGUCCCCGUAUCUACGGCAACCCAAAAUCAAACACCUGGAUGACGCAGUGACACCGCUGCUGGUGGCCAGCCGGCUUGAGAAGGCGAGGGAGCGGGAGAGGGGGAGGGAGAGGGAGAUAAUGAUGGGAGAGAUAGGGACGGAGAAAGCGGAGGUGGCUGUGAUGGCCGAGGUGGUGCUCACGGAGCCAGGUCGGGAGCGCCUUCACAGCGAGCCCACCAGAGGGCCCCGGGGGUCCAGAACUGACCCGCUGGGCCACGCUGAGCCUCAGGUCCACACACACGGUCAGCACAGGAUAGAGCGGCAGCUGUCCAGCGAACAGCUGAUCCAGGCCCGCAGGGACGAGCUGCCUCAGGAGGUGUGGAGGGAACAGGCCGAGAGGCGGGAGAGGAAGACGCUGGAGAGGCAAACGUCCAGUGAGCAGGAAGGGCCCGGGGGCCAUGAAGGCCGCCGGAGAGAGAGGGACCGACACCGGCUGGACAGACAGGAAUCCAGCGAGCGUGACACCGGCAGAGAGCAAUCUGACAGACGCUCGGGAGGAGGAGAAAAGAGAUCCACCAUGGCCGAGAUUGUAGAGCAGCUGCAGGAGAGGGAAGCAGCACAGGCCCGAGGAGAGGUGCCCCGCCUGCCUAAUGGUGUCCCAGAGAAAAUAACCAAACAGUCACUGGACCGUCCUCGAGCUCGGGACAGACCCAAACCACGGCGCCGACCACGACCCAAAGAGGCAGGGGAGACCACCCGGAGGUCCCGGUCCGCUCCGGCUCAGAGCAGCCCGAGCAUCCCCCUGCAGCCGACACACACCGCACACCACGAGGGCUUCCUUUUCCGCAAGCUGGACAUCGAGACUCUGAAGAAGAGUACCAAUAGGUCUUGGGUCAACCUGUACUGCGUGCUGAACAAAGGGGAGAUGGGUUUCUACAAGGACGCCAAGAACAUGGCCACGUCCUACAACAACGAGCCGCUGCUCAACCUGUCCAGCUGCCACUGUGACGUCACCAACGGCUACAAGAAGAAGAAGAACGUCUUCACGCUCAAAACGAAGGACGGCAGUGAGUUUUUGUUCCAUGCGAAAGAUGAGGAAGACCUCAAGAUCUGGGUGAACAACAUCACCGCCAGCAUCACGGAGCACGAAGAGAUUGCCAAAUGGGGUCAGCCCCAACCAACUACCUCAUCCACCGACGAGGGCACGCGGCGCGACGGCAGCAAGGCAGACAACAGGUCAGAGCGGGGGGGCGAGCGCUCGGACCUGGGCGACCGGAUCGAGCGGGCGGAUAAAGAAAAGGAGAAAGAGAAAGACAAGGAGAAGGAGAAGGACAAGGAGAGGGGGGAGCGGUCGGAGAGGUCGGAGCGAGGCGGGAAGUCGGACGCAAAGCGCUCAGAAAAGUCUGGUAAGAAAAAGUGAGCCGGAUCUGCCGAGAUUGAAUUGUACGAACUCCAGAAAGGAGGCGGGGCUUAAACUGGUAGUGAACGCCCCCCUCCUUCUCGCCGCCUCCAACACUGUCAACUCAGAUUGUGAUUGGAUGGGAAGUGACACACAGGACAGAAGGACUGACCCAGGCUCACUCAUAGAACGGACAGGAGCAGGAGACAUGUCUCUCUCUCCCUCUCUCUCUCUCUCUCCCUCUCUCUCUCUCUCUCUCUCUCUCUCUCUCUCUCUCUCUCUCUCUCUCUCUCUCUCUCUCUUUUCCUCUGUGUCUCUGUGAGAGCAGAGUCAUUGACUCCUACGCCCACCCUGUUGGCGGUUUCAGAGAACUGCAGAGAGCCACUGAACCCGGACAGCGUUAAGAGAGCCAGGCACACAUCAUGGCUGUAACUGAUUGCUGGUAGAGCGAUAACACAUAGCUCAUUCUGUCCAUGUUUGUUUUUUUCUAUGAGAUGAGCUGUACCUGUCUGUAUUUCUCGUCCGUGUGUUCUAUCUACUGUAUCUAUCUGUCUGUAAGUCGAGACAUCCUACACUAUGUCCUAUUACUCCUCGGAAAUCGCGACAGAAUGAAAUUAUGCCAACAUGUUCUACAGACAAACAAACGUAGAGAGUUUUUUUUAUGUCCACUUUGUCCAAUUUGUCUCGAGGUCUGGUCAUUAAAAGAACUUGACACUGGUUUCACUUGGAUACCUGUCAGCCAGUCAACUCACCACUAAUGUGUCAGCACAGCUCCAGUACUGAGCUGAUUCUAGGAGACUGAGAGGAUGAUGAUGUAAGGCAAGAGAAGAGUAGACCAGUGAGAUGAAUUACCAACCAUACAGGAAACCAUAAAGUGAAUACAAGAAACCAUAGGAAGCAGAAAUCAUUGCUCAGAAGGCCAUACAAAUACAUCCAAACUGCCAACAACAGAGCAGCUUCCUUUAGUUUUUAUUGGACUUAUUUAGGAUUAAAGAUGUUCUCAUGAAGGUUUAUUCACAUUCACCUGUGAUAUAAACACUAUACUCUAUCUAUAAUAAGACUUGGAUCAGUGAUCAGAGAGCGAUCGUUACUAAUGUGAAGCUCCCAGGGACCUCAUGCAUUAAAUGUUGUUUCAUUUCACUUUAUUUAAUGUGUAAAAAACACAUAAAACUUCAAACAAUUAUUGCACUCAUUUUUUGGGAAGCUAUAGAGGACCAGGGGAAUGUUUUUAAUAUCUCAUUGGAAAUAAUUGAAAUUCUGAUUAUUUUUUUCUGAAGUUUUGAAUAAGUUACAUGUUUGGCUGUGUUCAUAAGCACAAAAUAUGCGCCUGGCAUGUUUUUAAUGAAUGAGGCCCCGGGCUGAGCGCAGGCCUCUACUCUUUCAUUCUCUUAUAACAUCAAACUACUCGUUGGGUAUUCCCUUUGAGUCAUUCACAUUAAUCUGUCACAUCCUUUUUUAAAUACAGAAUUCAACAUAAUUUUUCUGUGUGCAGUAUUCAGUGUGAGUGUGUGUGUGUGUGUGUGUGUGUGUGUGUGUGUGUGUGUGUGUGUGUGUGUGUGUGUGUGUGUGUGUGUGUGUGUGUGUGUGUGAGCAUGAACGUGCUGCUGCUCUCUGCUCCCAGGGUCUCCAUAGCUCUCAGGUUAUUUGUGUUAGCGUGUGAUUACCGUGUGCUACACGUGUUCAUGUGUUUGUCCCCUCAGAUGCCACCUCAGUCUUCCAGACAGACACACACACACACACACACACACACACACACACACACACACACACACACACACACACACACACAUGAACACACACACACACACACACACACACACACACACACACACACACACACACACACACACACACAUACAGACACAGAGAUACAUAACUCAGCAAGUUUUAAAUGUCAAAGGUCAUAAGUGUGUUCCAGAGGUCAUUAAUCUGUCCAGGUCAAAAUCCCAUCAGAGUGAUACAGGAGUGAGUGAGUUAGUGAAUGGAGGGACACACCGCACAGAGACAGGAUAUCACACUGACCAAAUAUUGUAAGUAAGAUGUGAGAUUGCAUGUUUUUCUUGGAGAGAAAUCACUUGUCAAUAGAAGCUUGUCUUUGCAGCCCGCUGCCUCCAUGCUUCAGUUUAUGUUCCAUUUGCUGUAACCUCACCACUAAGCCAUAACGGAAGCAGAGGGACGGGGAGAAGCUACUCUAAUAAACUUUAAAUGCAACUUAGAAGAAACUAAAGUUACUUCCUGCUCUUGUACUAGCGUCCUGGGCAAAACAUGUGUCAGAUAUCAUUUCAAAUCCUGUCCAAUACGAAUGAUGUUUCAGUAUCCUGCGACUGUGUGAACCCUUUCAGUUCUGGUAUAUUUGAUUCUGAAGUCCAGCUAAACGUCUGCAGUAUACAUAUUGAAAACACAUGUUCUGUGUUCUUCUUUCGGGUAGGUAAUCACAAACCAAAAAGGAGUUCAUUUUUAUCUAAUAUUUUUGGUUGUGUGAUGUAACUUUGUCUCUGUUUAUUUAUUAUUCUUUAAAGUUAAAAUUUCAGUUUUUCUAUUGAUAUCAGAAAUCAGUUUUUGCCAUUUACAUUUUUCUCUUUGUUUUUUAAAAGGGUAUAUUGAGGUUAUUUCUCAAUGUUCUUAUUUUAACGGUGUACGUUCUCCUCUUUAGGAUUUUAAAUCCUGUCCUGACCUGUUUGUCUGGUUUCAUAAAACAUGUCCGGAGAACUGUUGCUUUCUUUAAUCAUUUCCACACACUUUGUGCGUCUUCAUUGGGUGUGAAUGCCAGCUCAGUGCAACCAUUACAUGCAUGUUGGACACAACAGAGUCAAAGAGGUGAAUUCUGAAGGAGCAAAUCUUCCACAGUGAGGAGGUGCCGUCCGCUGCUGUGUGAUUAUGAAUCAGCAUGAUAAACAGUCUCACGUUGUUGCUGUAGAUACACACGGGACAAAACACGUAGGGUCCAGCUAACCCGCUAACAGACAACAUUACAAAUCUGUCAUUGGAACCAUUUCACAGGCCAAGCGGAGGUGUUACCCUCUGAUGGUUUGGGUGGUGCCCUGCCUGCCUGUCUGUGUGUGUCUGUGCUGUUCUGUUCACCCCAACCUCAGUGUGUUGGCUCCAGAUGAAAUGAUGAAUAAAAUACCUUUUGGUUUAUCAUUCCUGUAUGUAUAGUUUUCUUUUCUCACUUUUAAAAUGUUGUUGAGUUCAGUUUGGGUGCAGAUCAGUGUUUGUCCAGCUCUCUGAACACAGCAUGUCAAUCCUAAAAUACUUUCCAUCAUACCAGAGAUAAGAACACGCAGUGAAAAGGGGAAAUAUGAAUUCAAAGAGAGAAACGCUCAUGCAGACUUACACGGAACAGUUUCAGUCUUUCACAUGUUGCAUUCUGUACACCAAAACAACAGCAGUAUGCAGAAAUAUGGAAUGUGUGAGGAUUUUAGAAGUGUUUGUGGUGUUGAUGAUGAUGAUGAUGAUGAUGAUGAUGAUGAUGAUGAUGAUGAUGAUGUCGUCCACGGUAGCAAUGAACUGAAACUUUAUGCAACUUUUUCUCUUCACUGAAGACGCAGCAGAGCUGAGGUCUGAGGGGCAGCGGUGUGGGGGAGGGGGGAGGGGUCCAGUGGAGGCAUGUCAGAGUCAGAAAGUUAUCUCAGUAGGUAGAAGAAGGUUUUUAAUAAAAACCGUUUCCAGAUCCGUUUUGUAAUAGUUUUUAGGGUUUAUUUUUGAUGCUAUUCACAUUCGGUGCAUAACCCUGUGUAUGACCUGGAGCUGAAACGUUAGCAGUUAGCAAUGUGAAGAUGUGCUGCUCUUUUCAUCUGUUUUAUAACAUUAUAAACUCUAUAUAUUUGGUCAAAAUAUAUCUUUUGGCUUUACUAUGGGGAUUUUUCUUAUUGUUUUCCAAUGUUAAAAAGAUUAAUGGACAACAAAAUCCCUGCAUUCAUUGAUUAGGAAAACUAUUGUUAGCAUCAUAGCUCAUUUAUGCCUAAUGUUGAACUUGAGAAAAACAGCUGUGUCAUAUUCUUCAUGUGUUGAUAUUUUAAAUCCUCAUCUUCUGGGAACAUGUUCUCAUCAGGCUUAUCAUUGGCUGCUGGGAGCUGCUCCAGUGUCCUCACAAAAACACACCCUUCAAGAUAACAGACACUGCCUGGAGUAAAUAACCAAUAUCUACCAAUCAGACCAAUCUCAGACUACAGUGAAAGCAAUCAACCUUAACUUUAUAAGUAGAAUUAAUUUUUUUAAUCUAGCAUUUGUUUAUAUGUUUCUGAGGACAAUCAGGGCUGGUGUAUUUAACCACACAUUAAUGCAGUAAAGAUGAAUGUCGACUUCAGUUUGGACAUUUUAUGGAUUUAAUAACAGUUAUUGAGAGGGGGGGGGUGAUGUGGACACAUCUUUUAUUGGAGGGUUAAUAUGUAUAUAUGCACCAUUGUCUUGCAAAAUAAUUCUCGGCAUCAUUAGGAAGAUUCAAGGAGCAUCAGAUUGUCUAACUUUUCUGCUGAAAACCCCAAUUGUCUUGUGCUCCAAACAAAGAGAAUUAUUUCUAAAAAUAAUUCCAGAUUAAGAUUUGACAGAAAUAAUCCAGUACUGACUGAAUAUUUGCUCCCCCCAGGACCCCAGAGCGCCGCUGUCUGUCUGCCCUCAGCCUGCCUCUCUGUAUGCCUGCCCUACAGCUACCUGGUGAUGUACAAAUGUAUGUUCUCAGAGGUAUUUUCUGUAAAACAAGAAAAUGAGUUUAUUCAUGGUGACACUGGGAGAACUGCUCCAUGUCGAUGUUAUGUUGAGCUGUUUUGAGCCUGUGUUGCCGUGGGAUUGGACUGGACACGAUCCACACAAACACAACAGGACAAAGAGGUUGCAUGAAUGACAUAGUCUCUAUUAUGGUACUGCUGUGCAUGUCUUCAAUUCCCAUCCCUCCACUAUGCAAUCACUGUAACACACCGGGGGAACACAAACUACAACAAGACAAAAGGGUGAAUGAAUGAACAAAUAAUGUACAAAAUGAUCAGAACCAACGGCGAAUCAUUUGCUCUGUACAGUCCUUUCUUUGAAUU